AGCCCUCAACGAGAUAUUAAUAGGUAUUGAAACUCAUCACCAAAUUCACCAGCAAUGGAUCUCUCCUGUAAUCUCCUUCUCUUUUUCUCUCUUCUCUUCAUUAUAAUCAAUCCUUCCAUAGUUCAAUCAUCUUUCAGGCCUAAAGCUCUACUCCUUCCAGUCUCAAAAGAUCCUUCCUCUCAGCAAUACCUUGCGCAAAUCAACCAAAGAACCCCUUUAGUGCCAGUGAAGUUGACUGUUGACCUUGGAGGCCAGUAUCUCUGGGUCGAUUGUGAACGAGGUUAUGUUUCCUCCUCCUACAAACCUGUACCCUGCAAAUCAGUCCAGUGUUCGCUUGCCAAGUCAAAGAGUUGUAUCACUGAGUGCUUUUCUAGCCCAAGGCCAGGAUGCAACAAUAACACAUGUGCCCUACUCCCUGACAAUACCGUAACCCACACUGGAACUAGUGGUGAGGUUGGUCAGGAUGUUGUUUCCAUUCAAUCCACUGAUGGGUCAAAUCCUGGUAGAGUUGUUUCUGUGCCUAAUUUGAUUUUCACUUGUGGUGCGACUUUUCUCUUGGAAGGUCUUGCAAGUGGUGUCAAGGGAAUGGUUGGCCUUGGAAGGACUCGGAUAUCACUUCCUUCUCAAUUCUCCGCUGCUUUUAGCUUUGACAGGAAGUUUGCCAUUUGUUUAAGCUCUUCGACAAAUGCCAAGGGUGUGGUGAUCUUUGGUGAUGGGCCUUACGUUUUGCUUCCAAAUAUUGAUGUCUCCAAAUCUCUCAUUUACACCCCAUUAAUUCUCAACCCGGUGAGCACAGCAUCUGCAUCUUUUGAAGGUGAUCCGUCCUCUGAAUACUUCAUUGGAGUCAAGUCUAUCAAGAUCAAUGGAAAAGCUGUUCCAUUGAACACAUCAUUUUUAACCAUUAAUAAUAUAGAAGGAUUUGGAGGAACCAAGAUAAGCACUGUAGAUCCUUACACAGUAAUGGAAACAACAAUCUACAGUGCUGUUGUCAAUGCUUUUAUCAGGGAACUAGCUGAAGUCCCUAGAGUGGCACCUGUGGCACCUUUUGGGGCUUGCUUUAACUCAACCAACAUCGGCAGCACUCGAGUUGGGCCAGCCGUGCCUCAAAUUGAUCUUGUCUUGCAAAGCAGUACCGUUUUCUGGAGGAUUUUUGGUGCAAACUCAAUGGUUCAAGUUAAAAGUGAUGUUCUGUGUCUGGGAUUCGUGGAUGGAGGUGCAAAUCCCAGGACUUCAAUAGUCAUUGGUGGGCAUCAAUUGGAGGAAAAUCUUCUACAGUUUGAUCUAGCCACUUCCAAGCUUGGGUUCAGCUCUUCACUGUUGUUUAGACAGACAACUUGUGCCAACUUCAACUUUACCUCCAUAGCUUAGAUGGAUUUUCCUGUGUUUGUUUUUUUGUGAUAUUAUUAUUAUUAUCAUAUUAUAUAAUUCCACGCGCUGUUGGAAAAAUAAUACCUCCAUGUGGCAUA